AUUCAAAACAAGCUUCAUUAAUAUAUUUCCCCAACACCCCCUCCCAAAAAACAAAAAAUAAAAGAUAAAUAAAUAAAUGAAAAGGAAAAAAAAUACUAAGCUUAUAUUAAUCAUGCAUAAGCUUGCUCUAUUUUUGGUCUUACCCUAUUUAAGGACAAAAUGAAAUAAAAAAACAUUGAGUCCCCAUAAAGACGCUCGGCAGACAACUUUAAGCCUUUGUUUAUUUAUUUAUUUUUCUCUUAAAUUGACACUCUCUCAAUUGGGAAAUGACUAUGACAUGAUAUACCCCCUGCCACACGCCAUUCCUUGCCAUCACUCUAGCAAAAGAAAUUAGAAGAUCAAUUGAUAGCAUAUAUGUUUAGUGCAAUGGUUCAACGAAUAAGGGAGGUGUUAGUGUUCUUGUUCUUAGCUAUAGUGUCAAAGGUAACUGGUGUGAAGCCAAUAUUUUCAAGAGGGGGUUUCAGCUUGCCAUUUGAGGAAGAAGAAGCCUACUGCUUGAGCUGGAGGCUGGGAGUGGAGACCAACAAUGUGCGAGGAUGGCGAACGGUGCCAAGCAAGUGUCUUUGUCACAUCGAAAACUACAUGACCGGCGGACAAUAUGAGAGGGACUUGGAGUUGAUUGUGGAGCAAAUCUUGGGCUAUGCCGAUGGGAUAUUUCUCUCUGGCGAUGGCUUGGAUGCUUGGAUCCUUGACGUUGACGACACUUGCUUAUCCAAUCUUUUGUAUUACAGGGGAAAAAGAUAUGGGUGUGACCCAUAUGAUCCACCAGCGUUCAAGGCAUGGGCAAUGAAAGGAGUGUGCACAGCAGUCCCAGCAGCGCAAGGACUUUUUGUGAAGUUGGUUGACAUGGGUUUUAAAGUCUUCCUAAUCACAGGAAGAGACGAAGAAACUCUUGGAAAACCCACCACCGAGAACUUGCACAAUCUGGGCUUUUUUGGUUAUGAGAGGCUCAUUAUGAGGACUAAAGCGAACAAAGGGCAAGGUGCAGUGAUCUUCAAGUCAGGAGUAAGAAAGCAAUUAGAAGGUGAAGGAUAUCGGAUAUGGGGGAAUGUUGGAGACCAGUGGACUGACCUUCAAGGAGAAAGUUUGGGAAACCGCACUUUCAAGAUUCCCAAUCCCAUGUACUUUGUUCCUUAAUUACCAUCGACUUCUGUAUUAUCAUGUCUAUUGUCUCUAGACUAAAUUCUCUUAGUUUUAAGUCUGUGUCUACUUAUUUCGCUUUCUUUCUUUUUUCCCUGAAAGUAAUCUUUAUUUACUUUGUGCUAAAUUAUGUAUCAAAUGAACUUCAAAAAAAUCCAUUUUCUCCCCGGUACAUAAUUAAAGAAGUCAUCAAUUUCCA